UCCUCUAGGACUUACCCAUCAGGCAAAGCGGACUUCUCUCCAGAUCAAGAUGGCGACGCGGGCAUCUUCUGUAGCAUCGAGCCAGUGGCUCAAGAGUCUCCGAAAAUGGUAUUACAAUGCUGCAGGAUUCAAUAGACUUGGAUUAAUGCGUGAUGACACACUUUAUGAAGAUGAAGAUGUUAAAGAGGCCAUAAGGAGGCUUCCAGAGAAUCUGUAUAAUGAUCGAAUGUUUCGUAUCAAGAGAGCUCUGGACCUGUCCAUGAGGCAGCAGAUCUUGCCUAAAAACCAGUGGACUAAAUAUGAAGAGGACAAAUUAUACCUUCAACCAUAUCUGAAGGAGGUUAUACGUGAAAGAAAAGAGAGAGAAGAAUGGAACAAGAAGUAAUCAUGUCAAAGAAUCUUAUCAAUACGUUAGUCUUCAAAAUAUUUUCUAAUAAGUAUGAUUGUGCAAAAUAUGAAAUUUAGCUAACCAUUUGUAACUUGUGUGUUGCAAAUUUAUUUAAUUUCAAUAAAUGCCAUCAUAGGAACUUGUGAAUAGAAA